AUGACCGCCGCACCCACGGGAGGAUACGCCAGCCCACCGCUGUUCGACGAGACGAGCGACAAGUGGCCCGCGUACCAGGUUCGGCUGGAAGCCUUCUUUGAGGGUAAUGGCAUCACGGAAGACAACAAGAAGCGGCCGCUGCUGGUGACUGCACUGUCCACCCACACCGUCGACGUACUGAGCGGACGUUGUGCUCCGGAUAAGGUGAAUGAACUGUCGUACCCACAAGUGAUAGCCUUGCUUAAGCAGCACUUCUCGCCGCAACCGAACGAGAUAGCACAGUCUUAUAAGUUCUUCACCCGCAAUCAGCUGCCCGGCGAACAGGUCAAGGAUUUUAUCGUGGCGAUUCGACAGAUAGCGGACACCUGCAAUUUUGGUGCUUCGUUGGACAGAAUGCUAAGAGAUCGCAUCGUGUGUGGUCUGCACAACCUCGGAGUGCGUCGGCAGCUACUCGCGAAACCACAGCUGACGAGGAGCGAAGCGGAAGAAAUUGCGAUAUCUACCGAAAUGGCCGAGGCCAACGCGCAAGAGAUAGUAAGCCCCACCGCUGAGGCAAGUGUGCAUGCGCUGGGAGGCCAGUCCUAUCGCCCACGAAGCCGGCCACAGAUUGUUGCGUGCUACCGCUGCGGAGAAAAAGGGCACGGACCCGAGGAUUGCCGCUUCCGCUCGGCGUCAUGCUUCAAGUGCAAACAACGAGGUCAUAUCGCUCGAGCCUGUUGCCGCCGUGAGAGUGGGUUCGGGGUGGUAGCACCAGAACUCCAAGUACACGCCUUGUCGCGGGAGGAAGACACUGGCACGGACGGCAUGUUCGCGCUGGAGGCAGCAGACAGUCACAUCGGCCACGUCGGCAUUACGCAACCCAUCGUGCGCACCUUGGAUUGUGGUGGGGUUCCAGUGAACAUGCAGGUCGACACAGGCUCGCCGGUUUCGGUCAUCACGUGGCCCACAUAUGAGCGGAACAAAACAGUGUGGCCGAAGCUGCGUUGUUCGCCAUUGAAACUCACCUGCUUCCUGGGACGGCUUCCAGUGCGGGGACAACUUCAGCUCAAGGUUUCGUGCGGAAACAGGUCGACGGCUGGAUCUCUGCAAGUCCUUGGUUGCUCCGGCCCAAACCUCUGUGGACGCGACCUGAUUCAAGCGUUCCACAUGCUCGAGGCACCGGUCAUGAACGUGAACACGUCAGGUGAGCAACUGCCGUUACUCGGUGCUGACGACGUUAACGUGGACCAGUUGCUAGCAGAAUUCGCUGAUGUGUUCGCGCCAGGUUUAGGGCUCAUAAAAGGGCCACCGGUACACUUCGAGACGCGAGAAAACGUGGUGCCGAAAUUUUGGAAAGCACGCGAAGUUCCGUAUUCUUUUCGGCCAAAGGUCGACGCGGAACUGGACCGCCUUUCGGGCGCGGGUAUUAUUGUACCGGUGCCUCAUGCGGAGCGGGCGGCGCCAGUGUUACCGGUAGAGAAACGGAAUAGCUGCAUCCGCCUUUGCGGCGAUUUUAAGCUAACGGUCAACAAAGCCUGUCGCACUGAGCAAUAUCCGUUGCCACGGGUGGAGGAUAUCCUGGCUACAUUAAAUGGCGGUGAAGUUUUUACCACGAUAGACUUGCGGGAGGCAUACAACCAGCUUCCGUUGGAUGAGGAAGCCAUGCAACUCACGACCAUAAACACGCAUAAGGGACUGUUCAGCUUUACUCGCCUGCCUAUUGGAGUGGCGUCCGCGCCGGCCGUGUUCUAA